AGUCGGUGGCUGGGCUUGCUAAAGACGUUGAGCUGCAGUCAUCACUGACUCAGUCCAUCAUCAUCGGCUUUACCUGAAGUAAACAUUYACUGCGAUUAAAAUACAUCGAUUCUAACCAGAUCAAAGUAACAUUUACUGACCCGUUUAACUCUUCUGCACCUAAAUAACAGGGUUUUUUCACCAAGCGUCAUAAAAAGGAUCAACAAACAUGUUCUACACCUGUGGUCCCAACGAAGCCAUGGUGGUGUCAGGUUUCUGUCGUUCUCCUCCGGUGAUGAUCGCUGGAGGCCGAGUGUUUGUCUUCCCGUGCAUUCAACAGAUACAGAGGAUUUCUCUGAACACUCUGACUCUGAAUGUGAAGAGCGAUAAGGUCUACACCCGCCAUGGGGUUCCCAUCUCUGUUACCGGCAUCGCUCAGAUGAAGAUCCAGGGCCAGAACAAGCAGAUGCUGGCUGCAGCCUGUCAGAUGUUCAUGGGGAAGUCUGAGGCUGAAAUCGCUCACAUCGCCCUGGAGACGCUGGAGGGACACCAGCGGGCCAUCAUCGCCCACCUGACUGUAGAGACGAAGCAGCGAAUUGAGGAGGAGAAGAUGCAGGUCCAGGUGGUGGAGCGCACGCAGCAGAUCAUGCUGCAGGAGCAGGAGAUCACCCGCAGGGAGAAGGAGCUGGAGGCCAAGGUGAAGAAACCGGCCGAGGCCGAGCGGUACCGCCUGGAGAAACUGGCWGAGGCGCAGAGAAUGAAGAUGAUCAUGGAGGCAGAGGCUGAAGCUGAGUCCAUCAGGGUUAAAGGUGAGGCUGAGGCGUUUGCAGUGGAGGCCAAAGGUCGCGCUGAGGCGGAGCAGAUGGCAAAGAAGGCCGAAGCCUUCAGGGAAUACAAGGAUGGAGCCAUGGUGGACAUGCUGCUGGAGAAACUGCCUCUGAUGGCAGAAGAGAUCAGCAGGCCUCUGUGUGAAGCCAACAAAGUGACYAUGGUGUCCAGUGGAGGAGGAGAUGUGGGUGCCGCCAAGCUGUCAGGGGAGGUUCUGGAGAUCAUGACCCGCCUCCCCGAAGCCGUGGAGAAGCUGACCGGAGUCAACAUCUCUCAGGUGACUUCUCGAACAGGCUGAAGGGAAUCAGACCAAUGAGCUUCUUGAUAUAUCUGUUCUCUGUCUGCCUUCUGCUUUCUCACCUUUGACCCUCUGUGUCGCUUCUUUCCCUCCGCUGGUUUGUUAUUGAUGUCGUUCAUUAUCUGAGUUAAAUAUUUAAACAAGUGGUACUACAGUUAUAGCAAAAGUCUUAAAGUACCUUUCACUUCUUCAUAUCUUGUUUCCAAGGUACCAGACCUUUUUUGUGGUCUUGUUUCUAGCAGCAGAAUUAGCUUUAUUUUGUGUUUUUAAAUAAUGUUUUCAUAAGUUUAAGGCUGUCAAAUUGUUGUUUUUAUUAAAAUUUUUUCACUUAUGCACUAAAAUUAUAAAAAAAAUGCUUUAUUUGCUUUGCAAAAUGGUGCAAUGUUCAAAAUKACUAAAACAAAUUAUUUACUAAUAACCCCAGAAUGAUUUAUUGUUCAGAAUUAAGUAGCCAAAAAAUGAAAAAUUUUCACCUGAAAAUGUUUAGAAAUUGGACUGAAAAUGAAUAUUAGAGUCCGUUUGCCUGGAAAUAAAACCCACAGAAAUGAAAGGUAACUCAAACUUUUGCGCAGAAUUUCUUUUACUGCUUUAAUUUCACAUGAAUAUUGUUACUGUUUCUUACUAUAUAUUUCCCAUCAAUACUUACGCAGGCUUUAUUGUCRUCAGUCUCACAUUACUUACUGUAAUACCAAUAGAUUUAAUGCAUCUUAUUMAUUUUAGAAAUGCCCUCCCUGAUAGAUUAAACACACUCAACGUGUAGCUCAUUUUUUWAAUGAUUUUUGUACAUCUUCUGCCUGCUGUUUGUGCUUUCAUGCCACGCCUCCCUCUGUGUUUACCUCCAAYGUCUCUGACACUGCCAGUGUCCGCUGCCUUGCUGCCAAACCUCAAGUGCAUCUUAGCAUGACCGUCUAAUACUAACAGGAAACACCAUUACAUUCAUAUUUUCAUAACCUGUUUCUGACAGUCUGACAAUGAUUUUUUUUUUACACAUUUUAGUUUUUUAAACAGCAUAAACUAUUUAAAAAUGACAGGUAAUAAUAUAAACUAAGAUUAAGUUUGUUAUGUUUAUGUUUUUUGUGUUUUCUGCACUUCWUUUGUUUAAUUUUCAAGCAUGAUUCGUUAGGAGAGAUUUGCUUAACGCGAACCAGUAAUUGCACUGAAAACAUGCUGUCCUCAGAGMACUUCUGAAAAUGAAACACAAACCAUUGCAAAUUACAUGAAGCAUGAUUUUUAGACUCUAGGAUUGUGGUUGAAGUGCAUCAAUUAAACGGGUUAAUUUUUUACUUGACAAUCUCAAGCUUUCAGCAGGUYUCGGGUUUGACAAAGUCUAAGCCUAACAUGGUGGGUUCCUAUUGGGAUUUUUUGGUAAAGUUCUAUAGGAUCUUUCAAACAGUUGAAUUCUGGAGAAAAAUAUGACAUUUUAGAAGUUAAAACACUACUUUGGGAUUCUAAAAUUAACUGUAUUUUAAAUUAGCAGAGAUCUGAAUCCCAGACUCUGAACAAGAGGAGGAAAAAUCUGAUAAAUCUGGUCCAGAUAUGAUGCAACGUUAUGAGAACCGGUAGUCUUGAUUGGUUCCUUUAGUGAUUCUGUAAUUUACACUAUGAUUAAUAGUUUUUUCAGGAUGGUUGCAUGCAUAUUUUUAAAAAUACCUUCAAAUUCAAAAAGACUUUAUUUAUCCAAAUGGGGUUAGUUAAAACUUAUUUUUGUAAUGCCUCUAUAUCUAGAAAACACUAAWUUCACUUUGAAUAAUCACUUWAAUCACAAAAAAUAUCCUAACAUGCCUUAAAUCACAAACCUGUCUCACUGUCAGCCUCUACCUCAAGGAUUGGACCGGUUGCAUGAAACACUUCAUUGGUUUAUGAUUUCAAUGCUUCACAGGUGAGCUUAACCUGUGAAGAAGCUUCUAGCCAUUUUACAGUAUUUAUUUGUGUCAUUUAUGUAUAAUUUAUUUAGCUGUAGGUAAAAUGUAUUCCAAGUGUUGCCGCCUCUUCUCUUUCCCCUCUGACCCUGCUGCUUCUUUAGUUGUGUAUAAACUCUGCACUGCUGGUUGUUACACUGCAGCCAUAUGUACUGAAAUGGCUUUUAAGUGGUAUAAUUUAUGUAUCUGAAGACAACCACUGCUGUUUUUAUGCAUGCAUCACCACCUAUUACACUUGAAUUGUAUUGUAUUGUAUUGUCUUGUAUACUUAGAGACGGUGUAUGUUUGUAGCUGGGACACAGCAGACGACUGUCACCAUGGAAAUGUUCAUCUACUGUGUUCACAACUGAGUCAUAUAGAAGAGACACUACAUGUGGAUUAUAUGUAAUUUAUGCAGAAUAUAUUUGAUAAAACAGUGUCCAUGUAGCAUCAUCUGUUUCACAGGUUAACUAUAGAUAACUCUACUAACCUUAACAAAGAUAAGCUCUAUGAUUAUAAAUGUAUUAAAUCUAUAGUGAGUUUACUAAAGUUCUCUUGUAUAUGAAGCUUUGGCAGUGUUGAUAUUUACACCUUGGUGAAUAAUAUCACUGUCGGGCAU